GUUUUGUAUGCUUUAUUGGACCAGCACACCAACCAAACUCUUAACCCAACCGACACGUUCUUCUCUUUUCACUCUUCUUCAAUUUCCUCUUUCUCUCCCUCUUCUCUCUCUGCUACUAAAUACUCACACACUAGAUUCACCAUUCUUCUUCCACCACCAACACCAUGUUGCAGUUACUCUACACUGCGAUCUUCGGCGAAAUGCUCCUAAUCCUAACCCUAGUUUUCAAAACCCCACUCAGAAAACUCGUGAUCGUUUCUUUAGAUCGAGUCAAACGAGGUCGUGGACCAAUCGUUGUUACCACCGUUGGUGCGACGUUAGUGGUUGUGCUUUCUUCUAGUCUCUACAGUAUGGCGAAGAUCCAGCAACGUACCGUUGAAGCUGGGGUUGUUAACCCUACUGAUCAAGUUCUUAUGUCUAAACACAUGCUUGAAGCUUCUUUAAUGGGUUUUGUGCUGUUCCUAUCUCUUAUGAUUGAUAGAUUGCACCACUACAUAAGAGAGCUUCGAUUACUCAGGAAGACCAUGGAAGCAGUUAAGAAACAAACCCGAAGUUUUGAGGAUGGUAAAAACGGUAACACCGAGGAGCAAAAAGCGUUGACUGAAGAAAUUACCACAUUGAAGUCUAAAAUUAAGAAGCUGGAAUCCGAAAUUGAUUUGAAAGGAAAUAAGGAGAAGACUUUGGAAUCGGAAGUAGAGGCUCUUAAAAAACAAUCGGAGGGGUUCCUUAUGGAAUAUGAUCGCCUCUUGGAAGACAAUCAGAAUCUCCGGAGUCAGUUGGAGGCCUUUGACCAUAAGAGUACAUGAGAGUUACAAUGUAUCUAGAAAAAACAGUUCUCUCUUUGUUUCAACUGCUGUUUUAAUGUUACAUGCUUGCUUAAUGAGUUCACAGUUGUAAAUUUUAAGGUCUAAAAACAGCUUUGUGGAUUGAGUAAACGUACUGUUAUUUAAGCAGGUAGAUUACAUAUUGUUAUUCUAUAGUUUCAUUUUGAAAUUUUCAUAGAUUGGAUACAA